CCUCCCUUCCCCAAAUCGCUAAACCCCAAUCUCCAUAAAUUUUCAUUUUCUGUAGGCGACAAUGGCACCAUCCAAUUUUCAUUUUCUGUAGGGGCGAAUGGCAACAGUCGGAGCAAUUCGCGAGAGCGAGGCAUCAGCGAACAGCCUUGAAAUCGAUGCUAUUGCUCCUUUCGCCCUUGACGAUCACAACAACAAACAGAGAGGAAAACUAGUGUCAUUUGUUUUACCUCAAGUGCUUCGUCUCAGUAGAAAUCGGAAAAAAUCUUAUUGUCAAGGUAAGAUACUAAGAAGCUGAGAUAAUACUUCCCGUAAGAAUUUUCCUCCAAUUUCAUUCUUGAUUUGGAUUAGUCUGGAAGAGACGGUUUCUGUUUCACUUGCUCAAGGUACAAUCUUGCACUUCAUAAAGGUCCAUAUAUGCACUGACUUUCUUGUAUAUUGUUGUCUGAUUAUUUGUUUUUUAUGAUUCACCUAAUUUCUACCAUUACUUAUGAUGAUUUAGGCAUGAAGACCACGAGUAUAAACCUAUUUUGAUAUGGCAGAAAAAGGAGAAUUUUGGGGUGUGUGUGUAAUGUUGCUCCGCUUCAUCCAUAACCGCCAACAAUGGUGUACCCUCAGCUUCUCCCUCUCCCCUCUUCACACACUCUCUCUCCUACCCCAAAGAAACAAACCCCCCCAAAAAACCACUACUACUAACUGGAACACAACUCACAAAUUUGUACUCUCAAACCCCACUCUUUCUCUUCUAGAGACCAAAUGCAGAUCCAUUUUUCAGCUCAAGCAAAUCCAGUCUCAAAUGAUCGUCACUGGCCUCGCUCUAGACGGCCUGGCUUACAGCCGCUUGGUGACUUUUUGCGCACUUUCUCAAACGGGUGAUCUUGAUUAUUCCAAAAGGCUACUGUUUUCGAUGCCCAAUCCAAAUGCUUUUUCGUGGAAUAUCGUGAUUAGGGCGACUGGUGAGAGCCAGUCUCCAUUUGAAGCUUUGAUUUUGUACAAGAAAAUGUUGGUUUUCUCGAGUUUCGGUGGUGUUAGUUUGAGACCCGAUAAUUAUACCUUUCCUUUAUUGUUCAAAGUUUGUGCUAAAUUCUUGCUUUCCCGUUUGGGACAUGGGAUUCUCGGCCAUGUUGCCAAGCUGGAUUAUGAUGGAGAUAUAUAUGUGCGUAAUGCUUUGAUCCAUUUUUUGGCUGCUUGUGGGGAGUUGGAGGCUGCCCACCAAGUGUUUCAGGAUAGUUGUGUGAGGGACUUGGUUUCUUGGAAUUCGUUGAUCAAUGGGUAUGUGAAGAGUGGGAGGGGGGAGGAGGCUUUGAGGGUAUACAGUGGAAUGGAGAUGGAGAGGAGUGUUGAUCCGGACGAGAUCACCAUGAUUGGGGUUGUUAUGGCAUGUGCUCAGUUGGAGGAUUUGGAGCUUGGGCGUAAAUUUCACCGAGAUAUAAGAGAACGAGGGUUGAAUUUGGGCGUCCGGCUUGCUAAUGCACUUCUGGAUAUGUAUGUCAAGUGCGGGGAUCUUGAGAAAGCGAAGGAAUUGUUUGAGAGAAUGGAGGAGAAGACGAUGGUGACUUGGACUACCAUGAUGGUGGCGUAUGCAAAACAUGGCUAUUUAGAUGUUUCACGGAGGCUCUCGUGCUGCCUCACUGGUAGGGCGAGAUUAUGUUUGGAUCGAAUAUUCGCAGCUAACGCAUCUGGGAUUAUGUAG